GAGUCUGUUUCUGUGAAAGAGGAAACGACUGCGGGCUAGAGGCGGGAGCAACUCCACACGGCUCUGUUUUUUUCGUGAAGCAGUAUAUUCUUCUUGUUUGAAAUCAGCUGCCUUGAGCUGGGGGCCAGCAGGAAAGACCUGAACUGACCCCCGCGUUUCCAUUCUGAAGUGAGCUACCUGGUGGGUUUUUCCUGUGCCCUCCAUGCCUUUGAGAAACUUGCUUCCAUGACUGAUGGGAGGAUGAAAGGAUAUUUGGACCAGCAAGUGCCUUACACUUCUGCACAGAAACCAACAGGGAAUGGAACUAUGGACAGCAAAGCUGUGAUGGCUUCACGGAGGAAAUCCAUGGACCCAGGCGUUCCCCAUGUUCCAGAUUCAGAAGAUCUCUUCCUUGAUCUAAACCAGUUCCAGGAAACAUGGCUGACUGAAGCACAGGUUCCAGACAGUGACGAGCAAUUUGUGCCUGACUUCCAUUCAGAGAACUUAGCCCUUCACAGUCCUCCAGCUAAGAUAAAAAAGGAACCACAAAGCCCAUGUGUGGAUGCUUCCAGUUCCUGCAGACACAGACAGCCUUUUCAUUACCAACCCAGGGAGCAAUGCUUAUAUGCCAGGCAAGAUUCAAACAAUGUGAGCCACCAUGGCCCAUUCCAGACAGCCCCUGGCCAGGCAUACUGUAUGGAACACAGUUCCUUGUACCAGCUGCAUGCUGAGGCCAGCCAGUCCUUCUCUGCACCUCAAGGCUUGGUAUCAGAUAGUCCUUCCAUUUAUCAGCGCCCAUGGUCUGCCCCAUGUCUGCCGUAUCCCUCUCAGGGCUUCAAGCAGGAAUUCCACGACCCCACGUAUGAACAAGUGAAUACACUGGGAGACAUAGACAGUUCCCGGUAUGCAACUGGCAUGGUGAUAAAACAGGAGCAGAUGGACUAUGCUUUUGACACAGAUGUGGCAAGCUGCCAUUCAAUGUAUAUGAAUGCAGAAGGAUUACCAAAUUGUUCCAGUUCUGAAGGGAUAUUAGGCUAUGGUUAUGAGAGGCAAAUGCGACCAUUUGCAGAAGAUGCUUGUGUUGUUCCUGAGAGGUUUGAAGGGGAUAUUAAGCAAGAAGGAAGUGGAUACCGUGAGGGCCCGCCGUAUCAACGGCGUGGAUCUCUGCAGCUUUGGCAGUUCCUAGUGACUUUGCUGGAUGAUCCAAGCAACUCUCAUUUUAUUGCCUGGACUGGUCGAGGGAUGGAAUUCAAACUCAUUGAACCAGAAGAGGUGGCACGACUUUGGGGCAUUCAGAAGAAUCGUCCAGCUAUGAACUAUGAUAAGUUGAGUCGCUCUCUUCGCUACUAUUAUGAAAAAGGCAUUAUGCAAAAGGUGGCGGGUGAGCGUUACGUGUACAAGUUUGUCUGUGAGCCUGAAGUGCUGUUCUCCCUUGCUUUUCCUGACAAUCAGCGUCCAUCUCUGAAGGUUGAAUUGGAGUGGCAUGUCAGCGAGGAAGACACAGUGCCUCUGUCCCACUUGGAUGAAAAUGCUGCCUACCUGCCAGAUCUGGGAGGUGUCCAGCCUUAUGGGAAAAGCUGCACAUACUAGAUAACAGUAGAAUGGACAAAUCACAUAGGGGCAAGUUGUAUGUAUGUAUCUGUAUAUAUAUAUAAAAAAUCUGCUGUGAAUUCUGCAUGGCAUCAAGAAAAUCAUCCGGACAGUAAAUGCUUAGCUCCAUCCAGUUGCCCUGACUCCACCCUGAAUUAAGGGAUUAAAGGGUCAUAAAAAGGGAGGUUUUUUUCUCGGUUACCAAUAUAGAAUGUCGCCUUGGCUCUUGGAAGCAAAAUCAGAAACCUUGGAAGAAAGGCAGUGGGGUCUGCCACUUUGAGAGCAAAGUUUGGAUUUGGGUUCAAAUCCUGACUUAGUCAGAGACUCCUUAAAUGAAUGUGGGGCAAUUUUUUCAGGCUUUUUCUCAAGGAGGGGCAACCUACCUCACAGGGAUGUUGUGAGGACAAAUAAGAUAAAAAUUGUAAAGUGCUUUGUAUAUUUGCCUUUUUAUUUUAAGGGAUAUCUUGGUUCAAAAAUAACUAAACAAAACCUAAACAAGGAAAGGCAAGGUCUUUCUAGUUUUAAAUAGAGUUUUUCCCUUGCUUGGGAGAGAUGGAAUAUAUAUACUCCAAACUCAAAAUAAUUUCUUGGCAGCUGGAUGAUUGAUUGUUCUAUUCUUUUGCAGAGGAUAAAUAAUAUAUGCAACAGAGAGAGAGGCUUACCCAUCAUGAUGCCAAGUGCUCAAGAGAGAAGAGUUAGCAAAGAAGUUAAGUUUUUAAUGUCCUGCAAGAACCAUAAAACAAUUGCUGCAGCUUAGCCUGUGUAGCCACAUUCCAACAGAAAGGAGUACUAUCUAUAACAGUGGUUCUCAACCUUUCUAAUGCCGUGACCCCAUAAUACAGUUCCCCAUGUUGUGGUGACCCCCAAGUGGGUGUGGCCACCAAUAAGAGGGAGUAGGACAGCUAGGGAAAAGGGAAAAAAAUGGCGGACAGUGUGGUUUGGUGACCCCUGUGAAAUAGUCAUUCGACCCCAAAUGGGGUCCCGACCCACAGGUUGAGAACCACUGAUCUAUAACAUAAUUGAUCCGAGUCAAGAGAAAAUUUUAUCUAGAUCAGGCUCCUGCGAUCUAGCUUCAGAAGUACUAACUCCAGUUUAUCAUCACUAACAGCUCAGAAAAAGAAAAUUCACUGCUGCUUCAUGUAAUGCUAAGUCAUACAGGGAAGGUCCUUUCCUUCAAAUGCUGUUGUUGUUCCUGUUAUUUAGAUUUAACAUUACUGCCCACUCUGCUUGCCCUCUAGUGAGAGGUAGACAAGCAUGCCUUUUCCAUAGCAGCCUCUGCCCUGGGGAACAUCCUUCCCUCCUGGGAUCCAACAAUCCCCCAAUCUUUUAGCCUUCUCAAUAGCCCUAAAGAGCUGGUUCUCCCCACAAACUUUUGGGAUAGGAUGAGAUUGAACACUGGGGAUUAUAGAUGCACUGGAGAGAGUGGUUGAGAUAUUAGGUUUUGAUUUAAAGGGCACUCUUCUGUUUUUAUUAUUUGUUGUGAAUAAUCCAGAAUUGUGCUAUAUAAGAUAGUGGCCACCAUAAGUCUUAUAAGGUAAGUGAGUAAGUAAAUAAGGAUCAUAGUGCCUGAGCUAUGGUGGUGCAGUGGUUAGAAUGCAGUAUUGCAGGGUAAUUCUGCUAAUUCGGCAGUUCAAUCCUGACUGAUUCAAGGUUGACUCAUCCUUCCAUCCUUCCAAGGUUGGUAAAUGUUGGGGGCAAUAUGUUGACUCUGUAAACUGGAGGGCUGUAAAGCACUAUGAAGUGGUAUAUGUCUAAGUACUAUUGCUAUGGCUAUCAUAGUAAUAAUGACUUAAAUUAAUUUUAGAAUAUAAUAUUUUAAUUUUACUAUUAUUUUUCUUUUUUAAAAAAAAUAAUGUGGGCCCUAGGUAUUGUCUUAUUGUUCCGAAUGGUUAAUUCAUGCAGAAUAUCCACUGAGACAGGAAGUAUGUAAGCCUCACAUGCAACUAGAUUUUCUUGAGCCCUCCCUGCAAAUUUAUUUUCUUGAAUUUGCUUUACAUUUCUGUUCUAGCACUUCCAUCUUUGUCUAAUGAUUUCCAAGACAUAUUAAUAUUGAUGCCCUCCUGCUCAUCUGAUGCUUGAUGUUAUGUGCUAAUCCAUGCUUUAUUUAACCAUGAUUUAUAUAAACUAUAAGUGGAGAAUGAAUUACUAAUCACAGUGACUGGGGUAUAAAAAACGCAAAGCCAAAACUAAACAAACUACAGUAUAUCAUGACAAUGUAAAAUGAAUGAAUUUGAUCAGUAAUGUGGGGAAAAUGAUGCCUUUUUAUAAAUAUCAAGCUCAGAAAGAUUAUGUACUAAACUACUGUUGAUGUGAAAGUGGUCAAGAAUGCUCUCUGCUUGCUUCCUGCUUGAACACUUGUGUCAGCCAAGAACAAGUGUGGAAUAGGCAGACUUGGGAAGAAUAAUUCUGAAUAAUUCUGCAAGGAUACAAAUUCCAGUCUCUAUCAAGAAACAUGCAGACUCUUUAAGUGAAAGGUUAUUGUAGGCUCUCUGAACAUUUCCAGGACUUUUGUCCCAAAAAACUACCAUUAGUCAAAUUUCUUGUAAGAAUUCAAGAUGAUGUGUUCAAUUGACUAUAACUUAUUUUUUUGUGUGCAUACAGCUGAAUAUUCAGAUCUGAUUUUUUUUAAUGGCAACUUGUUUUCACUUAUGUUGGCUGCUCUGGAUAACCUGUAUUUGCUCUCUGUCCAUGCAAUUUGGUUUAUGUAUGUUUAGGCUAAAACUGUUAUUUGAAUUGUUUUGCUUCCAUUAUUUAAAUUAUUUGAUGGCCAUAAUGGUACAUGAAAUGAUUCUUUUAAUUUUCCUUAUUUCUAUGUCAUCUAUGAACUAGAGCUAAAGCUCAAUUUAAUUAUUUCAAAUUUCCAGCAUAUAGUUAGAUUCAAUGUAUUUGGAAAAUGUAUAUUCUAUCUUGUUUUCUCUCUAAUUAUUAUGCACACCAAUAUUCUUAUGCGAACCUGGGACAGGGAAAACCAUGGGAAGACAGGAUAUCCCUGGACAUAAAUAAUUUUUCCAUCUAAGAGUCAGUUUGACCUCAGAAUAAAGAUGGACUAAUCUGCCUGGUUUCACAAAAUCCAAGGAAGUGUGGAAAAUGGGAAAAAGUUGUUUUGUUACUGUAAACAAGGUGACAAGGAGAUAGAUUUUCACAACUAUCAGCCCCACAUUGUCAUGCAGAUUUCUCUCCACCCCAUCCUCUGGCAUGCAAAGAUCUGAAAGCCCUAGAAUUUAGGACUAUAUUGGUAUAUAUAUUGUUUCUGCAGUUGUGAUUCAAGACACACAUUUCUAAUUGGAGGGGAACAUCUUUUUGGCCCAGAGAACCUAUGACCUACAGCUGUUAUUUUUCUCUCAUAGCUCACAGGAAUUUAGGUAAACUUGUUUUAUAGCACUUAUUGUGAGCAACAGGAUAUAGAAUGUAUACAGAGCUAAUAUUUGAUUUUUUUUGUCUUACUGGAACUCAGAACAGCUUAUUUGCAUUGGCCAAGAGGUCACUAAUUAGUGCAUUGAAACAAACAGAAACCUAUUUGAUUUCAGCAAAUAUUGCUAACUAUAAAUAUGGUUGCCAUCACAUAAAACAAAAUAUUGAUACUAAAUUGUCUUAUAUAGCAAAAAAAAAUGGGGCUUAGGAGGUAAUUAAACAUUUCCAGCCAACAAUAUAAUCAGUUACAGAAUUUUCUCAUUUAUGUGCUUUAGUCAUGUUUAAAAAUUCCUUUACAUUAGUUAUCUGAAACCUUUAUUUGGGUUAUUUUUUUCAAGAUUUCUGAAAUUUUCUUUUCACUCUUUCCUUAUCAGGAAGGAUAUUAUUUGCAGAACUCCAAGUCUAGCUAAAGUCUUCCAAUAAUAUGGAAUGUUUCUGGGCUUUAGAGGAAUCCUGAAUCUGAAAGAAUGGGGAGAGGGAUGUAAAAUUAAACCAAAGGAACUGUUAUGAAAAUAGCAUAUCUUAUCAAAUUAAAAUUACAAGCAAUACAAGUUUGGACUGUAGAAAACCUUAGAAAUUUCCCUCAUAGAAUGGAAUGAGGUAGCCAUUACCUAUGCUAGUAAUGGAUGGACCAUCCAUCAAUCAGUUCAUAUUUCCCUAGCAACAAUAGUGCCCAUUUUUUGAUCAAUAGUGCCCGGCACCUUUGGAAUAUAUUUUAACUGUUUGCCAAUGAAACUGUAAUUAUUAAUGGAGUCAUGAUUUUUCUGAUUAUAACCCUUUAAAAUCCAAUGCCUUACAACAAAUCUUUUGAAAACUUUAAUCACAAGUGCCCUCUUCUGUAGAAUAAAGUUUUUAAAGAGAUUUCUGUCCUGCAUGUUAAUUGGUGUUAAGGUGACCAACUUUUUUACAAUGAAAAGGAGGACACAAAUAAAUUGAAGAAAAAAAUAUUGUAAAUAAAAGAAACAUUUUAUUCAU